AUGGCGAUCUCCAACCAGACGGAAGACAGACCGCUGCUCUUCAUUCUGAUGGACAUCCCAGGACUGGGCUCCGGAAACGGCUGGCUGGCCAUCCCGCUGGGCUCCAUGUACCUCGUCUCCUUUCUCGGGAACGGCACCAUUCUGGCCGUGAUCUGGGCCGAGCGGGGCCUCCAUGCGCCCAUGUACCUGUUCUUGUGCAUGCUGGCCCUGGCCGACCUGGGCCUCUCGGCAUCCACUCUGCCUUCCAUGAUGAGCGUCUUCCUGCUUCGUUCCAGAGCUGUCAGGGCCGAGGCCUGCUUCAGCCAGCUCUUCUCCAUCCACACUUUCUCGGUCAUUGAGUCGGCUGUGCUGUUGGCCAUGGCCUUUGACCGCUUUGUGGCCAUCUGGAACCCUCUGAGAUAUGCCUCCAUCUUGACCAGGUCGACGGUAGCCAAGAUGGGUGUGGCCAUUGUCUUCCGAAGCAUCAGCCUCCAUCUUCCUCUGCCCUUCAUGCUGAGGGGGCUCAGGUACUGCGGGGCAGAGAUGCUGUCUCAUUCCUACUGCCUUCAUCCAGACGUCCUCAGGCUGGCCUGUGUGGACACACGCAUCAACAGUGCUUACGGCCUUUUUGUGCUGCUUUCCACACUCGGGCUGGACUCUGUCCUCAUCCUCCUUUCGUACGCCAUGAUCCUCAAGACUGUGCUGAGCAUCGCCACCUGGAAGGAGCGCCUCAAGGCCCUCAACACCUGCGUCUCCCACAUCUGCGCCGUCCUCCUCUUCUACACCCCCCUGAUGAGCCUCUCUAUGGUCCACCGGUUUGGGAAGAAAUUGCCCCCCCAGAUCUACCUUCUUCUGUCCUACCUCCACUUCCUCCUGCCUCCUGUGCUCAACCCGGUGAUAUACAGCGUGAAGACCAAGGAGAUCCGGCGACGGGUCUUUGGGAUAUUUCAGCGCAAAGCUUUGGGAUUCAGGCUCUGA